AUGCUUAAGGCCAUUUUUCUACUAAUAACGAUAGUUUAUGGUAAAACUAAUACCAUUUAUGAUUUAGUAAAUGGUAAGAUCUUCAUUCACUUAUCUAAUAAUGACUUGCUUUCCAUUAACUUUAGCAUUGAUGGAAAAGAUCAAGAUUUUCAACAAACAGUAUUAGAUUCACCACCCGAAGGUACUGAUUUAGUGCUUCUCAAUCUGACCCUAUAUGGAUUUAAUAAAGAUAAUGAUCAAAUGGGGAUGAUUAAAUAUGACAGUCAACAACAUAAAUGGCUGAAAAUAACUUUAAACUUCGAUGAUAUCAAUGAUGAUAAGUUUUAUGAAGAUACCAAUUAUUUAACUUCACCAAUAUCACAAGAAUUGUAUUUAUAUGGAGGUAAAAAUGGGGAUAUCACCAACCGUUUAAUAUCAUUGGACUUAUCAAAUUAUAAAUUUUCCAAUAUUUCCACUUCUACCAAACCACAACCUUUCUUUGGAGCUUCAAAUGUGUUAAUUAAUCCUACGACCCAAGUAUUGAUCGGUGGACAAAGUCAACAAGGGUGGUUAAAUAUGUAUCAAUUGGCUACUUGGGAUUUCACUAGUGGAUGGUCUUUCAAUGCUGUGAAUAAAGAUAACUCCACUAUAGUUAAUUCUAGAAUUAAUCCCACUUUACUUCCGAUAUUUUCACCUUUGAAUAACGGUUCAUUAUCUACAAUAUUGAGUGAUUAUAAAGUUAAUGAAAUAUUGAUGAUAGGAGGAGAGAAUGAAGAUGGUGGAAUGGCCACUCCAGAGAUUUCCAUGUUGUCAAUGGACAGUAAUAAUUGGUAUUAUGAACAAACCUCAGAUUUCAAUACUUCCGAUUAUUUAGGUUUUGCAACGAUAUUCGAUAAUUUCUUAGCUAUCUCGUCGUCCACUAACAAAAGGUCAGAAUAUGAAAUCAACAUGUUUGACUUACAAUUCAAAAAAAUUGACAAGUUGAAUGUUCCAAAAACUGCUCUGGAACUAGAUCAACAGCACAAGAAAGAAAAAAAUUCCUUACAAUUAAAAGCCAUACUCGGUAGUAUAAUUCCUAUUUGUAGUAUCCUUGUAAUUGUAUCAGGAGUAUAUUUCUUCAUGAAAUAUCAGAAGAAAAAGAAAUUGGAAAAAGAGUUAAGUGAUCUCAAUUACCAUUAUGAAAACUACUUCAAUAUGAAAUCAUCUGACCAUCACGAAAAAUUAAGCUUAUUGUAUAAUGAUUCGACCUCAACAUUGGAUGCUAACUCCAUUGAUUCCUGGGUAAGGAAGAGGCAAGAAUACGAUGAUCAUAAGGUCAAAGAAAAUCCAUUCAUGCAAAGUCAAGAAACAUUGAAUGAAGAGAUAAAGACUCCUGAACCUUUGAAAACCAUUACCAAAUUAAAUCGUUCAAUGAUAAAGUUGAAGAAAUCAAUAAGUUUCAAUAACAUGUCUCCUACAAAGUACAGUCAUAACUUAUUACCUGAUCAUGAAGCGGAAAUUGAAAAUUCUUUCAGUAUACGGAAACCGGAUCAACAAGAGUUUGAUAUUGGUAGUUUGGUAGAAGAGUAUAAUGAUUUGGAUUACGAAGAAGAUGAAGUAUUUGAUGAUGAAAUUGAAUCAGAUACGGAAGAUAAUAUAGAUGUACAAGUAUUAGUAAGUUCUAAAAGAAGAGCUCCAUUAAAAGUAGUCAAUCCCGAUUUAUCAUCAAUAGAUGAAUCCGUGGUCAGACAAAGAAUUCCUUCAAACGAAAGGGAAGAAUGA